AUGAAGCUUCGAAAAUCCUGGUUGGCCGCGGUGUGCUUCGCCACCCCCGUUCUCGCAUCAUCAGCAAUCGUUCAUUCGCAGGCUGGCAUAUACCAAGGACGUUUCCUGCAGGAAUUCGACCAAGACCUAUUCCUAGGUGUCAAGUAUGCUCCAAAGCCAAUGCGAUUCGCUCCCGCUCAGUUAGCACCGGAUUUGUCUACAAGAUACCACAAUGCUACGCAGUACGGUGUUGACUGCACAGGAUAUGGUGGAGACACAAACACUCUGGUAGCCACAAAUUGGACAAAACUGGGAGAGGACUGCCUACACCUGAACAUCGUCAAGCCGAGGACAAAUGAGACAGAUCUCCCGAUAUUGCUAUGGAUCUACGGAGGUGGAUGGCAGCAGGGUGCUACCAGUGAUCCAAGAUACAACAUGAGCUACAUUGUUCAGCAAUCAGUACUCAACAACAAGCCCGUCAUCGGAAUCUCGAUCAAUUACCGCAUGGCAGCAUUUGGCUUCUUGUACAGUGAAGAAGUUGAGGCAGCUGGCGCACAGAAUCUCGGACUUCGCGACCAACGACUUGCGAUGCAAUGGGUCAACAAGCAUAUAUCAUCCUUCGGUGGUGAUCCUGAAAAGGUCACAAUUUGGGGUGAAUCGGCAGGCGCAUACUCCGUUGGUGACCACAUCGCUGCAUACAACGGCGAUAACGAAGGCCUGUUUCGCGCGGCUAUCCUAGAAAGCGGCAAUGCUGUUGGUGCACCACUCAAUGGCACCGACUGGUACCAGCACAUGUACGACAAUCUGACUGAGUCGGUCGGCUGCUCAGGUGCUGAGGAUACGCUCCAGUGUCUUCGUGACGUACCCUACGAGACCAUCGCACCAUACGGCUACCAAGGUCUUGAAUGGUUCCACGUCAUCGACGGUAGCCUGAUACCUCGAUACGGUCAACAAUCAUUGCAAGAAGGCAAGUUUGCGAAGAUACCCCUCAUACUUGGCACCAAUACCGACGAAGGCUUUGGUGUGAACGGGGUAAACAGCGACUCUGACGCUAUCAAUCAGCUCGUACACUCCAAACGUUGGAACGUCAAUGAGACUGUCGCGGAGAAACUUCUCGAGCUGUACCCCAACGACCCUGCACUUGGCGAGCCAUACGGCUGGGGCAAUCGCACAUGGCCACAGUAUGGUCUGCAGUACAAAAGGUACCAGAGUAUCGCGACAGAUCUGACGAUGUAUGCUCCUCGGAGAUUGCUCGCGGAAAGUAUGAGUGAGCAUGUCGAUAGGGUGUACUCGUAUCGAUGGGAUGCGCCCAAGUUCAACAGCACACCGGAAACAAUUGGCGUCAAUCACUUCUCUGAGAUACCCUUCGUCUUUGGAAAUCCAGAACAGCAACUCACUCCAUUGGGCAAUAGCUCCGAAAACAUUGCAUUGUCGAAGCUCGUCAUGCGCAUGUGGACUUCUUUCGCGUACGAUCUCGAUCCUAACGGCCAUGGAAUAUCCCAAACUCCCCAUUGGCCGAGCUAUGCCACAAAUGCGACCAACUUUGUCUUCCGAAAAGACCAAAGCUAUAUCGAGGAUGACAACGAUAGAGCUGAAGGAGUUGCUUAUAUCAACAGUUUAGUGCGAUGA